AACACAAGGUUUCUUUUAUUUUUAGAUGGCGUCACUUCCGAUUUCAAGGGGGACGUCUUCAAGUUCGGAUACGGAGGAAUCUGAGGAAACCGACACCGCAAUUGUGAAUUAUGGAGUGCUGCAGGAAUUAAAUCAAGAGGAUGUAGCGGCGAUUUUAGAUGACCCCCAAGAGGAAUUGGAUAACUUCACGGUUUUCGACAAGAAUAUUUCGACGAAUCAGAUUCAACCUCAACAACAAAAGGAGUCUUUUCCGGAUGCCUCUUCGAUGAUAAUCGCUGAAGAUGGUUCUGGAUCGGAUAUGGAACUUCCUCAUCAAGCGGUGAAUGCUUUGAUACAAAGAACGACCGAGAGUGAGAGCGAGAAUGAUUCGCAAGAUGUCCCACCAAGCUCGUUAUAUUCAAAUAGUUUGUUGCAACAAUUUGAGGUGCAAACUCAAAUGUUGAAUACUUCUUCGGUGCCGCCUACAGUUGAGGGGUUAAUUAGGGGUUCGAAUGCGAAUUCGGAAAAUCAAAAUAAUAAAGAGGGCGAUAAAGAGCAGGUGAAAAGGAAAAGGGGGCGACCGAGGAAAGUGGCUGUGGUACAAAAUAAUCAAAAAAAUAAUAAUAAUAAUAAGGUGGAUUUUUCUGGGGAUCCGAAUGUUUCGCCAGAUUCGGGGAUACAAAAUAGCCCAGAUCAUGUUUCAAGCCCAGAAGCGAGUCCUUUGCCGAAAAAUAAAUUUGAAAAGAAAGUUAAUGCGAAAAAAGAUGAGAAAUUAAAAGAAUUGAAGGAGCAAAGUAAAUUACCAGUGACUUGUAACAAAUUUGAUAGGUUAUUGUAUGGGCAUGUUGAUCGAGUUUUGUAUCCUCAAAGGAGGAAAGUUGGGAGGCCUCCAAUUGUCCAUAAAAAAGGACCGGGAAGACCGCCGAAACAUAAAAAUGUCGAUGAUAAAAAAUUGCCCCUAAAACAAGAUAAGAAUAAGAAGAAAAAUGUAUUAAAAGUAAAAGAUAAUCAGAAAGAAAUUGUUAAGGAUAAAAAUAAAACGGAAAAAAUUAAACAAAUUUGCGAAAAAGUUUAUAAAAGGAUAGAACAAAGCAAAUUAAAACCGGAAAAAUCGAAAAAGUUAAAAUCUAAAAAUAAAUUAAGCGUUGUUUCUUCGAAGGCGAAGGCGGAUAUUCGUAAAUUUUGCCCUGUUAAGGUAAUGCACAGUCGACAUAAACAUAAAAAACAUAAAAAAUGUCGAUUUAAAAUUCUAAAACCGAUUACAACCACACCCGAUCCAAAAAUAAACACGGAAAUUGAAAAAUUAGUUAUUGAUUUUAUGCGAAUGUGUAACAUCAGCCCGAAAUCGAAGGUUGAAAAUCCCGACGUUUUAAUCAAAGCGUUAAAAAAAGCUUCAAAAAAACGUAAAGCUUCGGAAUAUUCAGAAAGAAAAAAGAAAAAACUAACCACGUUAAACUCGGAAAAUAAUCAAGAUCAGGCAAUCGAUCAGAGAUUACCACUAAAAAAAAGACAUUAUAAAUUAAUCGCGGAAAAUAACACGGAGAAAGAAGAAGAUUUAGAUAAAAAAAUGAAAGAAAAUAAGUUGCCACAAAAUAACUCAAAAAAUGUAGAAAAAAAUGUAGAGAAAAAAGAUUUAAAAACUCCCAAUAACAAUAAUAAUAAUAAUAAAGGAAAUGCAUCGCCUCAAGAUGUUACUAAUAAUAACGAAUAUGAAGUCGAAACUCAUAUUGACGAAGCAAUCGAAGCUUGUAUAAAUAAAUAUUCCAAAGAUGGAAAAAUCCAAGAAUCAUCUCCGAGUGAAAAAGAAGAAAAAAAUGUCCCUGUUGGUCCGAUUACAACGCCGAAAAAACGCCAUCUAUUAGAAAUCGCAAACAAUCAAGAAAUAGCCCUAUUAAAUAUAGCAAAAAAUAACCUAAUAGAUAUCUUAAAAACCGACGAUUUAAAGAAAUCAAAAUCAUUAGAAAACGUCGUAUCCGAAAUAAAAAUGAAAAUCUCCCCAAAACUAAACGACCCAAAAAAAGACGCCCAAAUGAUAACCCGAAAAAAGAAUCGUUUGGAAGAUUUAACAUCAAAUUUAGUUUCAAAAAUAAAUCCGAAAGAAACCCCAAUCGAUAUAAAACCGGGGGUUUUCACCCCAACCGUCGAUUUAGAAUUAGAAACCCAUUUAGAAGAAACACCCGCGGAAUCCGUUCAAUCCAACGAACAAAAAACGGACGUAAAAGAAAACGAUUCGCAAGAAGAACUGAAACGAGAACCACCCGCGAUUAAACGAAAAAUUCGGAAACGUCGCGCGAUUAAUCGCACCGGUUUUCCCACCGUGAAAAAGAAGAAAAAGAAAUUAGAAACUCCACCCACCCCUUGCGUAGUCGAAGAAAUAAUCGAAGAACCGCCGAAAUUAAUUACUUCGAUUGAUGAUCGCGUUCCGAAAGAUGGGGAGGAAUACUCUUCGUUUUUGCAAAGGACGACGUGUCAAGUUUCGGUAAUUCCCCUCGAAAAAUUACAACAAGUUAUCCAACAAGACGAGGAAAGUGAAAAUAUUUUGAAAUGGGAAAGUGUGAGUGAAUGCGAUAGUUUACCGCAAGAUGAAAGGAUUGAAUUCGAUGAAUUAAAAAAUGAGAGGAAACGUGAUAUCUCACCGUGUAGUUCGGUUGAUACUCGAACUAGCGGCGGUCAAGUUAGUAAAAAACGGAAAGAAUCGGCGGUUGUUAGUAAAUCGGACGACGAGGAGAGUUUAGAAUCUCGAUUAAAACGUUUGGAAAAGAAGGGUUUAAGGAAUUUGUAUCGGAGGACGAGUGAGAGGAGGCUUAAAAGGAAAUUAAGGGAUGUUUCUCCCGCGAGUAGUGUUGAACCAUCCAUUGAAAAAAGGUUGAGGGAUGAAAGAGGGUCCGCUUCCGGUGAUGAUAAGAAACAUAAAAAGGUGCCUAGGUGGAGGAAAAAAAGUCUUGUUGCUGGAUUAUUUUCGGAUUAUUAUAAAGAAGAUGAUGAAACAGCACGUUUAAAACGAACGGAAUCUUCAACUACAAAAACCCGAUUAGUUUACAACCCAGAAGAACACCCAUAUGGCCUUCUACCAGCUCCGUAUCAUUGCGGAAAAUACUUAAGAUGUAGAAAAAUUCCAUUUCAAUUACCCUACGAUUUAUGGUGGCAACACACUCAUUCCCAAUUACCCGGAAGAGACAUCGUCCCAUCUUGGAAUUAUCGGAAAAUUCGUACAAACGUCUACAACGUUAAACUUCCGAUGGGCGCCUGCGAGCCGCAAUCAUGUAAUUGUACCCCCGUUUCCGGUUGCGGCGACGAUUGCAUUAACCGUUUAGUGUUGGCCGAGUGUCCAGCAAGUCAUAAAUGUCAAAAUCAACGGAUUCAACGGCACGAAUGGGCCCCGGGAUUAGAAAAAUUUAUGACCGAGAAUAAAGGGUGGGGCGUAAAAACAAAUUUAGCGAUAAAGCGGGGGGAAUUUAUUUUGGAAUACGUCGGCGAAGUGGUUUCCGAUCAAGAAUUCAAAGAAAGAAUGGCAACGAGAUACGUAAACGACACCCACCAUUAUUGUUUACACCUCGAUGGUGGUAUGGUCAUCGAUGGGCAUCGAAUGGGAGGUGACGGUCGAUUCGUGAAUCAUUCUUGCGCCCCAAAUUGCGAGAUACAAAAGUGGUCGGUUAAUGGGCAGUUUCGUAUGGCGUUGUUUUCGCUGAGGAAUGUAGAAGCUGGAGAGGAAUUAACUUACGAUUAUAAUUUUUCGUUGUUUAACCCGGCUGAUGGGCAAGAAUGUCGAUGUGGGAGCGAUAUUUGUAGAGGGGUUAUUGGGGGGAAAUCGCAAAGGGUGCGACAACCAACUGCGCAACCUGUUGUGUCUAGUGGACCGGGGAGAGUUGGGAGGCCAAGGAAAAAUCAAGCGAAGAAGGCGCAAUCUGGACUUAAGGAGGUUCCUGUUCCACAUCCAGUUCCUAUUCCAGUUAUGGCACAACCACCCAUGAAACCUUUAACUAACGGACAAAAAGCUUUUAUUUUGCAACAUCAUUGUUUCUUAUUAAGGAAUUUAUAUAAACCAAGAAGAGGAAAAGGUACAACCCAACCAAUAACACCAAGAACAUUAACAGCAACCCCAACUGAAACAACAACCAUAACAACAAACGGAACUAGCACAAGUUCGAAUUUUGCUAACCACAUGAACGCGCUUCGUCAAAAACGUAACAUAAAAACACGAAGGUUAGCUCAAGUUGAAGAUAACCCCGAGUUACAAAAGACGGCGAAAUUAGCUCGAUUCCUCCAAGACCUAUUCAAUAUUAUCUCAAAAGCGAAAGACGAAAAAAAUGAAAUUUUAUGUGCCCCUUUUUUGAGUUUACCUUCAAAACGAAAAGUCGCCGAUUACUAUCAAAAAAUUUUAGAUCCGAUUGAUUUAACGACGAUCGAACAAAACAUCGGAAGUGGGGUUUAUAAAACCGCCGAGAAUUUCGAUAUAGACAUGGGGAGAUUAUUCGCGAACGCCAUAAAAUAUUACGGAAGAACGUCCGAAAUUGGGAUUGCAGCGACUAGGUUAAAAAAGAUUUACGUCGAAUCAAAACAUCAAAAUGUGACGAAAUUCGUAAAUGAAGUCGGGGAAAAACCGCCGGUUAAUUUUAUAAGGGGUAAAAAUAAAAGUGAAGAGGAAGAUGUUAUACGAUGUAUUUGCGGGAUGUAUCGCGAUGAAGGCUUGAUGAUUCAAUGUGAAAGAUGCUUGGUUUGGCAACAUUGCGAGUGCGUUAAGGCGGAUGUUCAAGCUCCUAGUUAUCAUUGCGAACGUUGCGUUCCAAGAAAAGUUGAUUAUGAAAUUCCAACGGACGAGUUUACCGAGCAUGGGCAUCGAUAUUACAUGACUUUAUUAAGGGGCGAUCUCCAAUUAAGGCAGGGGGAUACGGUUUAUGUUUUGAGGGAUAUACCGAUUCCUGGGACUAAUAAGAAACAUACUUAUGAUACAAUCGGGCCGAUUAAAUACUCGGAUUUGGAUAUAUUUCGGAUUGAACGGUUAUGGAAGGAUUCAAAAACUGAGCAGAGGUUUGCUUAUGGACAUCAUUAUUUGAGGCCGCACGAAACUUAUCAUGAACCAACUAGAAAGUAAGUUAAAUUCAUUUAUUUAUAAUUAAAUUAUU